UCCGGACAUCCAAUUCGAUAUAAGAAAUGGCCGACAUGAAUCCACUGACGCUCCCGACCCCACCAGCCUGUACAGCCGAUGUCUGCCUCAUUCCCAUCGGAACUCCCACUGCUUCAGUCUCAAAAGAAGUCGCAGAGGUUCAGCGGCUAUUGAAAGCGUCGGGGCUUAACUAUCAGAUGCACUCAGCUGGCACAACGAUCGAGGGCUCUUGGGAUGCGGUGAUGAAGAUCAUUGGACAAGCACACUCGAUGCUGCAUUCUAACGGCGUGGUGCGAAUCCAAAGCGAUAUCAGAGUUGGCACAAGGACCGACAAGAAGCAAAGCUUUGCUGACAAGACGGCCAAAGUGGAAGCGUUACUUGCUAGCGAUGCAAAAUCAAGCGAGUAAUAGAAGCAUGUGCCGCUGCUACUAUUACUGUUCUGCUAGCACUUCGAAUAUCCAAG